UAAAACACAACAGCUUUUGUCUGGCCAGCGCUCAGAACUGUGAGGAGCUUUUUUUGUGUGUGCUGCUUCACCAAAACAGGUUCUCUACGGUGGAUUUAAAGUAUUUCUCCAAGAAUUAUGGAUGCUCGAGGGGUUUGGUUGAUGUUUUGCCUUCUCCUGCUGGCACGCUGCACGCUCCAGCAGACCGCCUCUUCAAAGAAAAGAAAUGGAAAGAAAGACUCUGCAAACAGUGCUGCAAUUGAAGAGAUGAAGAAACAGAUUACUGACAUUCUUCAAGAUCUGAAUUUGCUGAAAGAGCAGCAAGCUUUACAGACAGUUUGUCUGCGAGGCAUGAAGAUCAUCGGCAAGUGUUUCCUGUCUAACCCGGUGAAGAAGACUUUCCACGCAGCCAGCGAAGACUGCAUCUCCAUGGGAGGCAGUCUGAGCACUCCUCUGACAGGAGACGAGAACGACCAGCUCUACAACUACGUACGUCAGAGCAUCGGCCCGGAGGAGGACAUCUGGCUGGGCAUCAAUGACAUCGUGACCGACGGCCAGUGGGUGGACCAGUCGGGCUCCAGCGUGCGCUUCAAGAACUGGGAGACAGAGAUCACUCUGCAGCCAGACGGAGGGCGCAGCCAGAACUGCGGCAUCCUCUCCACCACAGCCAACGGGAAGUGGUUUGAUGAGAGCUGCCGAGCUGAAAAGGCUUCUGUGUGCGAGUUCAACAUCGUGUGAGGGGCUGCGGUCUGACAUUAACAUCAUGACUGAUCUGUGAACAUCAACACUCGUGUGAACAUCAAAUGCAGAUUAUCAGGUACAUUUAUGCAAUGCAUUGAAACGUGCUGCAUCUUUUCUUAAGCUCACUUUUCAAGUCAUUCAGAUGUGCAUUGACUUCACACAGAGGUCUUGGAUACAGUAUGUCAUGUAUAAGCUAUAGUAUAUAUCUGAUUUUUGAAUACAUUUAAUAAGUGUAAUGUAUUUUUAUGUCAUCUUUUACAAUGUAAUAAAACAGUUUUUC